CCACAUGUCGUCCUCCUCUCUCGCUCCCCGUCCCCUUCCCUCGCCGACGACCUCCCGUCACGUGGCCGUAAUCGGGGCCGGCGCGGCCGGCCUCGCGGCCGCGCGUGAGCUCCGCCGCGAGGGCCAUCGCGUCGUCGUCUUCGAGCGCAGUGCUGCCGUCGGAGGCACCUGGAUCUACACACCCGCCGCCGAGUCCGACGCCUUGGGCCUCGACCCUCUUCGCGAGGUCGUCCACAGCAGCCUCUACGAUUCGCUCCGGACCAACCUCCCCCGCGAGUGCAUGGGCUUCCUCGACUACCCCUUCUCCUCCCGCCGCGCCCGCGCCGGCGGCGAUCCCCGGCGGUUCCCCGGACACCGCGAGGUUCUCUGCUACCUCCAGGAUUUUGCAAGGGAGUUCGACCUCUACGGGCUGGUCCGGUUCCGGACGGAGGUGGCUCUGGUGGAGAGGGAUAACGACGGAAGGUGGCAAGUGAACUCGAGGAGGUCUGGCGCUGCCGGUGGCGAUGGGAGCGACGAGAAUGAGGUCUUCGAUGGGGUGGUUGUUUGCAAUGGACAUUACACCGAGCCGCGGAUCGCAGAGAUUCCUGGCAUGGAUGCAUGGCCUGGGAAGCAAAUGCAUAGCCACAAUUAUCGUGUCCCUGAGCCAUUGCUCGAUCAAGUGGUGGUGAUAAUUGGGAAUUCAAAUAGUGCGGUUGACAUUUCAAGGGACAUUGCUAGAUUUGCAAAAGAAGUGCAUGUUUCAGAUAGGUCCCUGACUGAUGAACCUCCAAGAAAGCAACCGGGCUAUGACAACAUGUGGCUUCAUUCUGCGAUUGCAAGCACCCAUAAAGAUGGCGCGGUGGUAUUUAGAGAUGGAUGCUCCAUACAUGUUGAUGUUAUUAUACAUUGUACUGGGUACAAGUACCAUUUUCCCUUUCUUAAAACAAAAAAUAUUGUCACUGUGGAUGACAACCGUGUUGGCUCGCUUUAUAAACACAUUUUCCCUCCAUUUCUUGCUCCAAGCCUUGCCUUCAUUGGAAUACCUUGGAAGGUAGUUCCUUUCCCAAUGUUUGAACUGCAAAGCAAGUGGGUAGCAGGUGUUCUAUCAGGGCGAAUUGCACUUCCAACCAAAGAGGAAAUGUUGGAAGAUGUCAAAUCCUGGUACUUAGAAGUGGAAGCUGUUGGAUGGCCCAAAAGAUACACCCAUAACUUGUCAAACAUUCAGUUUGAGUAUGAUAAUUGGCUCGCGGAGCAAUGUGGAUGCCCUUCUGUGGAAGAAUGGAGGAAGCUGAUGUAUGUGGCGACUAAGAAAAACAAAAGGGCUCAUCCAGAGAGCUAUCGUGAUGAAUGGGAUGAUGACCAUUUAAUUUUACAAGCAGAAGAAGACUUUCAAAAGUUCUUAUGAUCUUAUCUAUUAUAUUCUGUGUCUACGUGAUAGAAUUGAAUGCAUAGCAUUGGGCUAUAUUAUGGAAUAAGAAAUUUUUUGCUUUGAGAAGAAUUUUUCUCAAAGCUCUCAUAAUAUUUGCCAUUUAUUUCUCAAAAACAUACAUCAUGCUUUUUUUCCAAUAAUAGAGACUGUGUUCUCAUGUGAAAUAAAAGUUUGCAAUUUUUUACUUCUUAA